UCUCUCUCUCUCUCUCUCCUGUUCAGCAUCCAAACAGAGCGUUGUUGUUUUUAUUGAUUUUGAUCUCAGCCUUCCAAGAUCAGACUGCAAGUUGUGGGAAAAUGGCGGUAGUUGCUUCUGCUCCUGGGAAGGUUUUGAUGACUGGGGGUUACCUAGUUCUGGAGAGGCCCAAUGCUGGGAUUGUACUGAGUACAAAUGCUCGAUUCUAUGCAAUUGUGAAGCCACUUUAUGAAGAAGUUAAUCCCGAAAGCUGGGCUUGGGCAUGGACAGAUGUGAAAUUGACUUCUCCCCAGAUGUCAAGAGAAACUAUGUACAAAAUGUCACUAAAACAUUUAACACUUCAGUUUGUCUCUUCAAGUGAAUCAAGGAACCCAUUUGUUGAAUAUGCAUUGCAAUAUGCUAUAGCAGCAGCACAUGCAACAUUUGACCAGAAUAAGAAGGAUGCAUUUCAUAAACUACUUUUGCGAGGUCUUGAUAUUACGAUCUUAGGUUGCAACGACUUCUAUUCAUACCGUAACCAGAUUGAAGCACAUGGACUGCCUUUGACAGCAGAAACUUUGGCUGCCCUUCCAUCUUUUAGUUCAAUUACCUUCAAUGCAGAAGAAGCAAGUGGAAAGAAUUGCAAGCCUGAAGUUGCAAAAACUGGAUUGGGAUCAUCUGCAGCUAUGACAACUGCAGUGGUUGCUGCUUUGCUUCAUUACCUCGGAGUUGUUAACCUUUCCCCCUUGACUAAAGAUCAACACCAAGAAAAGGAUGAUACUGUGGAUCUUGAUGUAGUGCAUGUGAUAGCUCAAACUGCUCACUGUAUUGCACAGGGAAAAGUUGGCAGCGGCUUCGAUGUCAGUUCCGCAGUUUAUGGGAGUCAACGUUAUGUUCGGUUUUCUCCAGAAGUUCUUUCUUCUGCUCAGGAUGCAGCUAAAGGCAUGCCACUGGAAGAAGUCAUUGCUGAUGUCUUAAAAGGCAAGUGGGACCAUGAACGGGCUAAGUUUUCAUUGCCUCCAUUGAUGAGUCUUUUACUAGGAGAACCAGGUGCUGGAGGAUCAUCAACACCAUCCAUGGUAGGUGCUGUCAAGAAGUGGCAGAAAUCUGACCCUGAAAAGUCUCUAGACACAUGGAGAAAGUUGUCAGAAGCAAAUUCAGCUCUUGAAAUGCAAUUCAAUAUGUUAAGUAAAUUGGCAGAAGAGCAUUGGGAUGCAUAUACGGUUGUCAUUAAUAGCUGCAGCACGCUUAGGUCAGAAAAGUGGAGGGAGCAAACUGAUGAACCGAGAAAAGCAGAAGUUGUCAAAGGAUUGUUAGGAGCAAGAGAUGCCAUGCUUGGAAUCAGGCGUUACAUGCGCCAAAUGGGGGAGGCUGCAGGCAUCCCAAUAGAACCUGAGUCACAAACACAGCUCUUGGAUGUUACUAUGAAUAUGGAAGGUGUUCUUUUGGCUGGGGUUCCUGGUGCGGGUGGCUUUGAUGCAAUUUUUGCUGUCACCUUGGCCGAUUCAAGCAGCAAUGCGACCAAAGCAUGGAGUUCUCUCAAUGUUCUGGCCUUGCUGGUGAGAGAAGAUCCUCAUGGGGUUUCUUUAGAGGGCGAUGACCCACGAACAAAGGAAAUCACAUCAGCCGUUUCUGCAAUUCAGAUUGAAUAAGCUGUAUUACUAAAGUUUCUGUAUUAAAAUUAUCAUUUGGACUCUUUAUUUGGUCCCAAAAUUUGAUCA